AUGCCUCCAAAGAAAACCUCCAAGGAUAGUGCUUCAAAAACCUCCAAGCCUCGGAAGAAACCCCAGUCAAGUGACCCAUUUGCUUCUGACAAUGAGGUUGAAGAAGUGGCCGCAAGACAAAAUGAUGAUAAAGAGGAAGAUGAGCCCGCGGCUGAAAAGACGAUCCCCAAAGAGCUCCUCACGCGCCUCCUGCAUGAGUUCUUCGCCAAAGACGCGACGAGGAUAUCGCGAGACGCGAACGCCGCCGUGGGCAAAUACGUGGAUGUCUUUGUCGAGGAUUUGGAGAAGGCGACGCCUCAGCUGCUUUUGGAUCUGUGA